AGCGACCAAAUUUUUUUAAAUGCACCGCUUCCAUGCUUUAAUUGUAACGAUUCUAAAAUAGUCUUCUACGAACCCCACCCUAGCCAUGUAAGAAACACUAUCGAACAUUUUUUAAGACUCCUCCUUCUCUCGUAUUAUAUUUUGCCACGUGUAAUCAGAUUCAAGAGUUUGACGUGGGGUUUGCAACCAAUGCUCGGUCUUCCUGAAAUCUCCGUCCAUUUGCUCCGAAAUUCGAAACGCUAACGCUAUGGGAAGGUCCACGUUUGAGGCCGUCGUCUCCGUUUUCGUCACGGUUCACCCGCACGAAACCUCUGCUCUGCUCCAUUCCUUCUUCUGCUUCUUUUUCAUUUUGAGUGCCUAUUUCGUGGUUCUUCCGUUGCGGGACGAUGGUGCCAUCUCGUUGGGGUUAUCAAAUUUGCCGGGUCUAUUCGUGGGGUCUCUGUUGCUCACCCUCAUUGCUGCGCCCUUUUCUUCUUUCAUGUUCUCUCUGCCUAACCUUUCCAAAGGCAAGGCUUUGUUUUUGAUACACAGGUUCUUUAGUGUAUCCCUCAUUUUGUUCUUUAUUCUAUGGCACUCCUCAUCAGCUGGAUAUUCAAAGUCCAAUUUUACAGGAUCCAUGCCCUUGACCCAUCCCUCAAAAGAAGAAAGGAAAAUUGGUGACCAAGGCAGUCUUACAUCUUCAUUUGGUUGGGAUAACCAUGGAUGGUUCUAUAUCUCUGUUCGUAUAGGAUUGUUUCUUUGGGUUGCUUUGCUUAAUCUAAUUACAAUUUCUUCAACUUGGGCAAGGGUAAUUGAUGUGAUGGACAGUGAGUCAGGUUCAAGAUUAUUCGGAUUUAUUGGUGCUGGUGCCACCCUUGGACAACUUUUUGGGUCAUUGUUUGCCAUUGGGAUGGCUUUUGUUGGCCCAUUCUUGCUUUUGUUUGCUGCAUUGUUGAUGGAACUUGCAGCGCAGACAUCAAGAGGGAUAAAUUGUGGUACAUCUCAUGCAGAAGAAAAAUUGUCUCCCAUUAGAAAAUCUGAUUCCAAUCAUGAAAACAAGACUGAUGAGAUUCAAAAGACUGAACAUACUCCAAGAGGUUCUCCAAAGUCAUCUACUUCAGCGAAGCUUCCAAUUUGGCCCAUAUUUGAAGGACUAUGGCUUAUAUUGUCAUCAACCUACCUGCUACAUGUAUCAUUGUUCAUCUGGUUGAGUGCAGUUGUCUCUUCAUUCUUCUAUUUUCAGAAAGUGAGUGUGAUUGCUACCACAGUUAGCAGCUCUGUAGGAAGAAGAAAGUUGUUUGCCCAGAUAAAUAGCUUUAUUGCUGUUUUUAUUCUUGGUGGACAGCUGACCUUGACGGUAAGCUCUUCCUGCAAUAACUUUUUCCUCAUGGGACGCAUUCUUACUGUUGCUGGGGUGACUAUAGCUAUAUGUGCAACACCGUUUGUUGGCUUCGUAAAUUUAGUUACGCUGGCUGUCUGGCCAAAUUGGGUGGUGGUUGCCAUUUGUGAGACAUUAAGAAAGGUUGUUACAUAUGUUGUGACAAGGCCAGGAAGAGAACUUUUAUUUACCGUUGUUUCAGAGGAUGAGAAGUAUAAAGCCAAAGUAUGCAUAGAUGUCCUGGUUCAAAGACUUGGAGAUGCUGCAGCAGCUGGAAUGUACAAAGUGCUUUUUGGUACUCUCAACGGGAACCCAUCAACAGUUUCCCUUUAUGGCCUGCCUGUUUGUUUGUUCUGGAUAGUCUCAGCAUACUCUUUGGGUCGUCGGCAAGUGCAACUUUCCAAGCACCAGAUCUCAUCCACUUAAUAGAAUUUGUGAUUAAAUGUACAAUAUAUUAGUUAUUAAUAUUAUAUGGGAUACCACGUAUAGUGGACACAGUCGAGCCUUAAGAUAGUAAAAGCUAACAAGGUUGUGCUUUCCAAAAUUUCCAAUCAAUUCCUUUGGUGUUGGUAAUUUAA